AUGUUCAAAGUGACAAACGAGGUGAAGGACGUUUUGAAGCCGACACAGUCAACUGAGAGUCUUAAGAUAUUUGAAGAUGAGGAAGAUCAACCUGUGCCCAUGGCAUUGGAAGCCACCGAACCUGAAAAGGAUCUUAUGUUCUAUUUGAAGCUCGAGGAGAAAAUCCAUGCAAAAGAAGAGGAAAAAAAACACAAUGCAAGCAAAAACAAAGAUACUCAGUUUUUCUAUUCGAAGCUCGAGGAGAAAAUCCAUGCAAAAGAAGAGGAAAAAAACACACUGCAAGCAAAAACAAAGGAACAUCAAGAAGCCGAGAUUAAGAUGUUAAGAAAGAGUCUUAUGUUCAAAGCAAGACCGAUUCCGAGUUUUUUUUCCUCUGAAACCAGAGUUAAAGAAGAUGAAGCAUCUGAUGGUGAUGCAAUGGAUAUUGAAGUUGUUGGUAACUCUGAUCUUGGUGCAUAG